CUAAUAUAUAUACCCUUUUCUUUAAAUAAAUUCUACGAUUGUCAUAAUCCUCAAGCACGCUGCACAUUCACGACCUACCACUGGUGAUUAUACAGCUAAUAUUGGACUACGCAUCGAAAACUGGGAAGAUAUGCACAACUCGGAAAUGAGGACAAACGCUUCGUUUGCUCUCAGUCUGCCCCUCGUGGAGAAUACUAGCCAUGCGCAAGAUUUACAAAAAAAGUGCACAUCCUUGUAGGAGAAUCCGAUGAUCCGGAAGACGCUGCUGAUUUGACAAAUAUCGGUUUGUUCAAGACCACCAACAUGACACCCUUUGUCAGAAAUGUGUAUGUCAUUUUGGACAACCAGAUAAGCCUCGAACGCUUUCUCGACAAAUAUAUGGAUUUGUUUAAUUUUGAUAUAUAUGACUGGUCAAGUGCAUGUUAUAUUGGCAUGGUGAUCAAUGAGCUCACCGAAAAGACAAAUGAGCUGGUCAUGGAUGAGCCCCACAGCGGGUUAACGUCAGAGUUUUCUAGCUUUGCCGACAGACUGAUGGCAAACAUGCCCAAUGUGGCAAACCUUUGGUUUAACAUCAACCCAACUACUAACCUAAACAUAUUGGUCACCAGCAGGCCUAUCAACGGAUUCCAAAACUUGAACAGCAUACAAAGCAGCCGCUACACGUUAUUUGACUCCAAGCAACAGUUUACUAACCUCACGCAACUGACAAUCAAAUACAUGCCCAACACUGAGUUUGUAUUCCUAUCCAUAACCCCAGCUAUUAUCCGGUCUAUGGAUAUCAACAAUGUCCCCCCUGCUUUUUCGUGGCAUUUACUUUUGCAAGACCCAUCGGCAAACAAGCUGGUGUUUGAGUUAUCAACUUUUCUCGACUUGAGGUUUAUGAACUUGGAAGACCAACAAAGGUCAAAUGGUUCGAAUACGCACGCUAUUCAGCACAAUGCUACCUGGAACUUGUAGGUUCAUUUCCCAAAGCUUUCAAAACUAUUUAUUAGAAACAAAACAAGUGCAGCUUUCAACUCGUCCAUAUAUGUGACAUCAGAAAUGGGGGCCGAGUCACG